AUGGUGCAGUUUUUGCCGUUCAAUAUCCGAGACGAGGAUUCCAUUGGCGACAUCUUAUCCCACAUUGACAAUGCAAUCCAGUAUUCCGAACAUCAGGAGCCACGGGAGCCCAGAACCUUUUCCAUCGAGGUUGACGAUGGGGCCUCCAUCCAGACUGUAAAGCAGACCAUCGAAGCUCAGGAAGGGUUUGGUUUUGCUUCGCAAAUAAUAAUUUUCCAAGGUAAUUCUGGCUUUUUAUUUGUAGGCAAAGUUCUCGGUGACUCUUCGACCAUAUCUAGCUGCAAUGUCAAGGACAAAGACUUUCUGGUGAUGAUGAUUAAGAAGAAAGUUUCGGCAACAUCUCCAGUACCGCCAGUAUCCGCUAUCCAAAGCGAAACAAAGAAAUUGCCGGAAGUUGCUAAAGAAGCGCCUCCCGCCAAUGGAGCUGCCGAUACAGAAAAUACAUCGGAACAUGAGAUAGAAAUCCUUACAUUAAUGGAAAUGGGCGGCUUUGAUAGGGAUAUCGUCGUAAAGGCCAUGAAGGCAGCAUUUAACGAUCCAGAUAGGGCGGCCGAAUAUUUAUUCUCAGAGCCAUCCGAUAACGACACAUAUGGGCUCUCUGCCGGAAACGGUGGCCUGCAAUCGUUAUCGUUCCUUAAAACCGAUCCCCAGUUCCAGCAGUUAAGGGCUUUGCUGAACCGACAACCUCACUUAUUGCAGCCGCUUCUUCAGCAAAUCGGCAGCACCGAAUUUCUGGCCCUUCUGGAAGAAGACGAUGAAGAGGAGGGACAAGGUGCCACAGACAAUAAUGAUUCCGAGCAAGAAGUAUUUGAUGAGGAAGUGUCUGAAGAAAUAAAUGAAGACAUCGAUGUUCCGGAUCAAAUAUUGGGCCAAAAUGCAGUGCUCGAGAGCUCUGGCAUGCCUAUUGAAAGCGCAACUGCCAUUCCACAUACCCAAUACAUUCAAGUAUCUUCACAAGAAAAGGAGGCAAUAGACCGACUGGUUGAUUUGGGAUUCCCUCGCCAAAGAGCAAUAGAAGCAUUUUUUGCCUGCGACAAGGACGAAUCCCUGGCGGCAAAUUAUCUCUUCGAUACCCCCAACGACGAUGACACUGGCAUCAAUCGCGAAGAUGCAAUUAACGAUUGA